UUUUGUAAAUUUGAGGCAAUUUUAACGAGAACACAACAUAAAUUUAUUACUGAAAUCAGAACAUAUAGUUGGAUAUCAAUCCCCUCAAAGCUACAAAGAUCAACUAAUCCAUGCAGGCGCACGUUUACCACAAAAUGUCUAUAUAUCUUCUCCCUAGAAAUGCCAUGCAUAGUCGAUAGCUAGAAUAUCUUGUUUUCACCAUGUGCUUAUCAUCCUACAAAUUUGAGCCAAUAUACUUUCCAUGCUUCAUCUGCUGACCCGGGCACACCCCAUAGGAGCACAUGAUACUUGCCGACUUUCUUAUAUCCAUCUACUACUUUUAUCACAAGAAAGUAGUUGUUGCCCUUUCCUGCAGGUUGCAUGCUCACAUAGAGCACAUCAACAAGGGAGUUGUCCUUCUUGUUUACCAACUUGAACACCACAAAGCGCCCGAUUUGCCAGUAUAGGGCGUCAUGAAAGUUCUGAACUUGCACCCAUCCAUUGCCAGUAGGGGCACCAGGUGGCGGUGCUGUUGCUGAGGUAGUAAGUGGUGCUGGUGCCGAUGCCGGUGGUGGGGCAUUACCUUGAUAGGUCGGAGGUGUGGCAGGGGGACUAAAUUGUGGUGGUGGUGGUUGGUUAACUUGGUACAUCGGAGGUGUGGUAGGUGGACUUAAUGGUGAUGAUGGCGGUGGGUGGUUACCUUGGUUGGUCGGAGGUAUUGCUGGUGGACUAGACAUAGGCGAUGGGAAAGUAGAUGGAGGAGGUGCUCUAGUGGUUGGUGCCAUUGCUGGUGGACUCAAUGGUGGUGGUGGAGGACUAGCUAAAACUGUCGGUGGCGAACUAUAUGAAGGUGGAGGUGGAGGGGACUGGUCAUCAGCUUGGUACGUUGGAGGUGUAGCAGGGGGACUAGACAAAGGUGGUGUGGCAAUGGAUGGAGCCGGUGGUGUACCUGAUGAUGGUAGUGGAGGACUUGGUAGAGCUGCUGGUGGACUAGAUGAUGGAGUUUGCUCAUCAGUUGAGUCUGUUGGAGGUGUUGCUGGUGGACUAGACAUUGGUGAUGGUGAAGUAGAUGGAGGAGGUGUGCUAGUGGUUGGUGCUAUUGCUGGUGGACUCAAUGGUGGUGGUGGAGGACUAGCUAAUGUUGUCGGUGGCGAACUGUAUGAUGGUGGAGGUGGAGGGGAUUGGUUAUCAGCUUGGUACGUUGGAGGUGUGGCAGGGGGAUUAGACAAAGGUGGUGUGGCAAUGGAUGGAGCCGGUGCUGUACUCGAUGACGGUGGUGGAGGGCUUGAUAGUGUUAUUACUGGUGGACUAGAUGAUGGUGGUGAUGUAGGAGUUUCCUCAUCAGUUGAGUCUGAUGGAGGUGUAGCAGGUGGGCUAGAGGGAGGUGGCUGAGUAGUUGGAGCUAUUGGUGGGGGGCUAGAUGACGACGAUGGUGGAGGAGGCUGAUCAUUAGUUGGGUUCAUAGGAGGUGCCACAGUUGGGCUUGAUGGAGGUGGUGAGGGAAUGGACGGAGGAUUCAAUGUAGGUGGUGGCGAUUGAUCGUUAGGUUCGUAAGAUGGAGGCGUAACAGGGGGACUAGAUGGAGGUGUUUGUGGGGGGCUUGAUGAAGGCGGAGGAGGACUAGUUUCUGAUGGAGGUGGAGGUGAUGGAGUCAUGGGUGGUGAAUAAGAUGGGGAUGGCGGUGGUGGAGGAGAUUGAUCAUUAGUCGGGUUCAUUGGAGGUGCCGCAGGCGCACUAGAUGGAGGUGGUGGGGGAAUGGGCGAAGGAUUCAAUGGAGGCGGUGGCGAUUGAUCAUUAGGUUCGUAGGUUGGAGGUGUAACAGAAGGACUAGAUGAAGGUGUUGGUGGGGGGCUUGAUGAAGGCGGAGGAGGACUAGUUUCUGAUGGAGGUGGAGGUGAUGGAGUCAUGGGUGGUGAAUAAGAUGGGGAUGGCGGUGGUGAUGGCGAACCAUUACCUUGGUCUGGGGAAGGCCCAGGUGAUGACGGUGUUGUCUCUCCAUCAUCGCACUCCUUUUCCGGUGGUCCUCGACCAUCAUUGUCAUGGUUUUUCGGACCAUGUCCGGGCUUAGGGCAUUUUGGUUUUUUCACCGGCCCUACACCAUUUGAUUUAUGAUCAUCACCAUCAUGGGAAUCCUUCCCACUUCCAACCGAAGAGCCCUUGUCAUCGGCUUGGGAUACAUGGGCAGCAAGGACAAGAAUCAGGAGGGAAAGUACUACAAUGGGCAGUGAUCUCAUUGUAGGAUGAAAACGCUAAGCGUAAACACCUACCAGAGAGCUGUUUUUG